UCUCGCGUUGUUUGCGUUCAUAUUGUAUUAUGUUAAAUGUGCUUUUUCCACACAAUAAAUCAGUAUUCCCGUCAUCAUCAUCCAUCAGGGAGGUUGGCGCUUGUUAGCGGAUGAGAGGCGGAUCUAGCGAGGCUAGCGUGCCAAGCCUGCGGUGUUUGGAGGCUGUGUGGCCGGACUGUAUGCUCCUUCUUCUGCGUCAUCCCAACCGCUGACGCCGCUUCUUCUCCCCGACCACCAUCAUGGCGACUCCCGCCGCCGUCAAUCCGUCGGAGAUGGCCAAUGAGCUGCCUGGGACAGUCGCGAUGCCGGGGGCAGUUGGAUCGGGUCCGGUAAGGAUGGGAAGUGCCGUGCCAGGCCGAGGAGGCAAGAGAAGAUCAGGAGGAAUGGACUUUGAUGAUGAGGACGGAGAGGGACCAAGCAAAUUUUCAAGGUAUGAUGAUGAUCAGAUACCUGGUGGGGAUAAGGAAAGAUACGCCAGAGAAAACCACAGUGAGAUUGAACGACGCCGACGCAAUAAAAUGACCCAGUACAUCACCGAGCUGUCAGACAUGGUCCCGACCUGCAGUGCACUGGCCCGUAAACCUGACAAGUUGACCAUUCUGCGCAUGGCAGUGUCCCAUAUGAAAUCAAUGCGGGGCACUGGAAACACGUCUACUGAUGGAGCCUACAAGCCUUCCUUUCUCACUGAACAGGAGUUGAAGCAUCUGAUCUUGGAGGCUGCUGACGGUUUCCUGUUUGUUGUGGCGGCAGAGACGGGACGCGUGAUCUACGUCUCUGACUCAGUGACACCCGUGUUGAACCACCCCCAGUCUGAGUGGUUUGGAAGCACUCUGUAUGAACAGGUCCAUCCAGACGAUGUCGACAAGCUAAGGGAACAACUCAGCACCUCAGAAAACUCCAUGACAGGACGGAUUCUUGAUCUUAAGACAGGAACCGUGAAGAAGGAGGGGCAACAGUCCUCCAUGAGAAUGUGCAUGGGCUCCCGGCGCUCCUUCAUCUGCCGCAUGAGGUGUGGCAGUGCUCCACUGGAUCACAUCUCACUAAACCGUCUGUCUAAUAUGAGGAAGCGAUACAGGAAUGGCCUCGGACCGUCGAAGGAAGGAGAGGCUCAGUACUCUGUGGUUCAUUGCACUGGCUAUAUCAAAGCAUGGCCCCCUGCAGGUAUGACAGUACCUGAUGAAGACACAGAAGCAGGCCAGACUGGGAAGUACUGCCUCGUGGCAAUUGGAAGACUGCAGGUGACGAGCUCUCCAGUCUCCAUGGAUAUGAACGGACUCACCGUACCCACAGAGUUCUUGUCACGCCACAACUCCGAUGGCGUUGUCACUUUUGUCGACCCGCGCUGCAUCAACGUCAUUGGCUAUCAGCCUCAGGACCUGUUGGGGAAAGACAUUCUGGAGUUUUGCCAUCCCGAGGACCAGAGUCACCUGAGAGAAAGUUUUCAACAGGUGGUGAAGCUAAAGGGUCAAGUUCUGUCGGUGAUGUACCGUUUCCGCAUGAAAAACAGGGAGUGGAUGCUGAUCCGUACCAGCAGCUUUACCUUCCAGAACCCCUACUCUGAUGAGAUAGAGUAUAUCAUCUGCACCAACACAAAUGUCAAACAGCUUCAGCAGCAGCAAGCAGAGCUGGAAGUUCACCAGAGAGAUGGACUGACUGCCUAUGAUCUUUCCCAGGUUCCUGUGGCCAAUGUGAGCAGCGGCGUCCAUGAAGCUGGGAAGAACAUUGAUAAGUCAGAAGCUCUUUUCUCCCAGGAGAGAGACCCACGCUUUGCUGAAAUGUACACCAACAUCUCUGGUUCGGGAGAUAAGAAGAUGAUGGUUCCCUCCUCUACAGCAGGUGGACAGCAGCUCUACUCCCAGAGCUCUCCAUUCCAGCAGGGACACACUGGCAAAACCUUUAGUUCCUCUGUGAUCCAUGUCCCAGGUGUAAACGACAUCCAAGCAUCAAGUUCAUCCAAUCAAAACCUUGCUCAGAUCUCAAGACAACUGAACUCGGGCCAGGUGUCUUGGUCAGGCAACCGACCCCCCUUCUCUGGACAGUCCAGUAAAGCCCAGUCCAGUCCAUUUGGUAUCGGUACGGGCCACAGCUACCAGACCGAUGCAGCCUCUUACAGUCCGCUCUCAUCUCCAGCGACCUCCUCUCCGAGCGGCAACGCCUACUCAGGACUGACAAACCGCAGCACAGCUUUUGACGUGUCAGGAGAGAGCAGCCAGACUGGAGCUCAGUUUCAGGGUCGACCCAGUGAAGUCUGGUCCCAGUGGCAGAACCAGCAUCACUCCCAACAGCCUGGGGAGCAGCACACACACCCCAACCCCAGCCAGACUGAAGUCUUCCAGGACAUGCUACCUAUGGCUGGAGAUCCCACCCAGGGAACGGCCAACUACAACAUUGAGGACUUUGCCGACCUCGGCAUGUUCCCGCCCUUCUCCGAGUAAAAGCCCGCCGUCGCUCUUCCUCCUCCUCACUGCAGGAAGCAGACUGGCGUUUGCAUCCAUCAUGUGGCAUUUUUCUUUGGCUUGGAGGCCACCAGCUCACAUCUGAAUGUCGGCUUGAACCCAUCCAGCAUGCACACGACAAUACGCUUGUGUCAACAUACCUCAUCACUGAAAGACGAGUCAGAUGGACGCUACCUCAGUCAACGUGCAACACCUUGUCCCCCACCCUCAUGGACGCCACCUGGAAUACUGGUGUCAGUACUUUCCAAUAAGUACACUGUGUACUUAGUUCCUGAGUGUGUAGUGCUGUCCCAAAUCCAUUACUCUACCCGCUUCCUCCUCUUCGCUCCUUUUCAAUGCUGAAUUGCAACCACUUCAGUUAGCCCCUCCCCUUCCGCUACAUUGCCAACGUGGCGACUACUGAGGGUGGCAAGUGUCCAUCAGUGUAAGUACACAAGUGCGCCAAUCGAGACACAGAAAAUGUCUUAACAUCUUAAAAUCUGCAGAGACGGGAGACACUUAGUCCACUUUUACCAGAGGAGGUCGCUCAUCUCACGGUACUUUCACACUUUUACGUCUCCUACAAAGGGGGGAAACAAAGCAAACAAAGCUGCGUAACCAGUAAUUCCUUUUUUUAAUUGUCCCUCGGCAUAUUUUUUGGAAUUAAAUUGAAUGUGGCAUGCAUCAGAUUGUCGCCAAGUUUAAAGCUACACUGAAAAGAAAACAGAAAAUAUUGUUAUUUGCUGUGUAGAAAAAAAAACAAAACAAAAAAAAAACAUGCACACAAAAAAUGUACGUGAUAUAUAUAUAAAAAUAUAUCUAUAACUUGUAUUCAUCAGGAACUAUCUGUAAAUUACGACGGAGUAUGAGGGCCACAUUGGAAAAAAAAAACUAACAUGAGAUGUCGAGGAUAAUGUCUUAAAUUUACGAGAAAAAAGUUGUACAUUUAAGAGAAAAAAAAGUCUGAAAUUUGUGAGGAAAAAAAUGUCUUUAGUUUAAAUUGACCCGACUAAAGUCUUACUAUGAUGUGUCAUAUGAGUCAGACAGAAAACGGAGCAUAGCUCUUCAGGAAGGAAGGAAAACUUCUCCAUAAAAGUUACAAAUGUAUUGGCCGUUCAUUUAGUUUCAUUGUUCCUGCAAAUAUAUUUGGCCCUCAAUGGAUUGAAAAAGGUAAAGAAUAAUCAGCAUUACAAAACAGACGUCAAACUAAUAGAACAUAAAUAAGACAAAAUGAAAAAAAUAAAAAUGUAUUUUGGAAUUCAUAAAAUAUAAAAAUGUUGAAACGAAAAAACUAAGAAUAGAGAUAUGAAUAGAGAUGAAUAGUACGA